AAAAAAAAAACCAUAAAAAUCUCAUAUGUUUUAAGAAAGUUUGUGAAUUUGUGUUGGGUCGCAUUCAAAGCCACCCUGGGCCACAUGUGGCCCAUGGGCUGCAGGUUGGAGGAGCUUGAUCUAAGGCAAGUGCUCAAUGGUGGCUGGACAGUGAAAUCAUAUGGAAAGCUUUCAAAAAGUAAGGAUAAAAAUCACCUGGGGUAUUAGUUAAAAAUAUAGAUUUUCAGGCUCUCCCCUGGAGAACAUGACUCAAUAUUCUCCUCCUAGAGAUUCUGAUUUAAUUGGUCUGAUAUGGAGCUGUAACAUCAAUAAUUUUAAAUUUUUCCAUGUGAUUCUAAUGUAUAACCAGCAUUAAGAACCAUUAAUCCAGAGGAAACCAGGACUCCUGCUUAUCUUGCACCACUUGGGUACCCUCAAAAUGUAUUGGCAAAGUUAAUCUAAGCCUUAGUUACAGCUGCUAUAAAAGAUAGUAAGAAUUUCCUAAGAGUUUCUUGUGAAUGUGUACUCUCCUGGGUUUAGUCCUUAGCUUUACAAGAAGUCCAAAAUCCUCAAGUUGAUCAGCCUCAAUCAGGGACUCACUAACCACAAACAAACUUGAAAGAGGCUGAUAAAUAACUGAGGAACUGGAAAAAUAUUACUUUAAUAUGUUUUUCACAAGGCCUGUGAUAAUCAUUUGCCAUAUUUGUGAUAAUAGAAAUUUUUUGUCCCUCACCCAGAAACAUUAAGUCAUGUUCUCUAGGGGAGAGCCUGGGAAUCUAUAUUUUUAACUAACACCCCAGGUGAUUUUUAUCAGAGAAGUCUUGGAAACAUUGUACUUUAAGUUAUUGUAUUGUUAUUCUGGUGUUGAUUUAUGGUAUAAGGAAAUACAUAUUUCCAUUUCCUAGUUUUUCUUGAUAUAUAUCAUCCAGGGUAUCCUUUUUUUGGUAUCAAAGAAUAUGAAAAACCAAAUUAUAAUCAGAAAGUGACUUAGUACGCAUGAAAUUAGACCGCAGAGAAGGAUAGUUUUGAGGGUUCAUUUCAUUCAGGUUUUGACAUAACCUGCUGAGUUUUCCUAGGCCUGCAGUAGAGUAUAUGUCAGUAGUGUGCAGUCUCAUAUUCUGAAAAGUCAGCAUCUUUCUUUCCCCUUGUAAGCAGUCUCCUGUUUCUAUGAAUAGUCUUUGCUCAGACAUGGCCAAUACACUUGAUAAUAAUUAAUUUAGGUUCUUUUAAAUGAUUAGGUCGCUUUUUGGUUUAAAAGAAGAUGACCUUGAUUGUCCUUAAAAUCUUUGCAGGUACCAAUUUAUUUCCUUUUCCUUAGGGUCAGAAUGUUUUUAUAUUUGGCUUAUGAAAUGUAUUAAUUUGCUUCUUCUGAUCAAAGAUGAAGUGGAAGGAUGAUGAGAUUAGAAAAAUAAAAAUUAAUUUAUUCCUUGAUUCUAAUUCUACGAAGCAGAAUAGUGUGCCAGCUACUAUAUAAUUCCUAACUAUAAUAGUUCUUGACUCUUUUUAAGUGGUAACUAGUAGUUUUGUUUUAGAAUUUUGCUUUCAGCUUUUAUCCUGAGAGUGGGGCUCACUGAACCUCUCUCCUUUCUAAAAUCUGUGGAAAUUACUUUUGGUAACUAAUGCACUGCAAUGAUUUCAGCAUUUAGUAUGAGAACCUAUGUUUGCCAUAUUUGUAGUAUUGCUUUUACAUCUUUAGAUAUGUUCCGGUCCCACAUGCAAGGAAGUGAACAUCAGAUUAAAGAAUCCAUUGUUAUCAAUCUAGUGAAGAAUUCAAGGAAGACACAUGACUCUUAUCAAAAUGAAUGUGCAGAUUACAUCAACGUGCAGAAAGCCAGAGGACUAGAGCCCAAGACUUGUUUCAGAAAGAUGGAACAGAGUUCUUUGGAAACGUGCAGAUACAGAGAAGUGGUUGAUUCCAGACCCAGACAUAGAAUGUUUGAGCAAAGACUCCCAUUUGAGACUUUCCGAACAUACCCCAUACCGUACAAUAUUUCACAAGCAGUGGAAACGCAGUUGCCUCAUUCAAAGAAGACAUAUGACUCUUUCCAAGAUGAACUUGAAGAUUACAUCAAAGUACAGAAAGCCAGAGGACUGGAUCCAAAGACUUGUUUCAGAAAGAUGAGAGAGAACUCUGUGGAUACUCAUGGACACAGAGAGGUUGAUUCUGGACCCAGACCAAGAAUGUGUGAGCAAAGAUUUUCACGUGAGGCUCCUCAGACCUACCAACGACCAUACCAUAUUUCACCAGUGGAAAGCCAGUUACCUCAGUGGUUACCAGCUCAUUCAAAGAGGACAUAUGAUUCUUUCCAAGAUGAACUUGAAGAUUACAUAAAAGUGCAGAAAGCCAGAGGACUAGAGCCAAAAACUUGUUUCAGAAAGAUAGGUGAUAGCUCUGUAGAAACACAGAACAGAGAAAUGGUUGAUGCCAGACCUAGACAUAGAAUGUUGGAGGAAAAGAUCCCAUUUGAGACUUUCCAGGCCUAUUCAGGACCAUACAGUAUUUCACAAGCAGUGGAAAACCAGUUACCUCAUUGUUUAUCAGCUUAUGACGGCAAACAGAGACUAGAUUCUAUUAGCUACUGUCAACUCACCAGAGACUGUUUCUCAGAAAAACCAGUACUCUUGAGCCUUAAUCAGCAAGAAAAUAACUCUGGCUCAUACAGUGUGGAAUCUGAAGUUUACAAGCACCUCUCCCCAGAAAACAAUACUACUGACCAUCAAGCGGGUCAUAAACGGAAACAUCAGAAGAGAAGACGACACCUGGAAGAAGGCAAAGAAAGGCCAGAGAAAGAACAGUCCAAGCAUAAAAGGAAAAAGACUUAUGAAGAUACAGAUUUAGACAAAGACAAGAGCAUCCGACAAAGGAAAAGAGAGGGAGAUAGAGUCAGGGUCAGUUCAGGAAAGCUUAAGCAUCGAAAAAAGAAAAAAAGCCACAAUGUACCUUCUGAGAAAGAAGAACGUAAGCACAGGAAAGAGAAAAAGAAAUCUGUUGAAGAAAGGACAGAAGAGGAAAUGCUUUGGGAUGAGUCUAUUCUUGGAUUUUGAAUGUUUAGUUUUGUUUACCCAAAGUUGAAUUGAAAAAAACAGUAUGAAUUUAGAAAAAGACCGCAACAUCUGAUAAAGAAGAGGUAGAUAUAGUCAGUGUCAGUUCAGGAUACUUAGUUGUUUUGUAUAAAAAUUAAAAUUGAAUUAAAAGAAGAA